AUGAAUAUAUGUACUAACAGGAUCAUUAGUCCACAAGUUUCAAGUGCAUUAUUUUUCCAAUUUAAUGAAGCUAUAAAACCACCAUAUCAAAUUUUAAUCGAUACCAAUUUUAUAAAUUUCUCCAUUCAAAAGAAAAUAGAUAUAGUCAGAGGUAUGAUGGAUUCCCUUUAUGCUAAAUGUAUUCCAUUAAUUACAGAUUGUGUCAUGGCAGAAUUGGAAAAAUUAGGUCCAAAAUACCGUAUUGCAUUAAAAUUAGCCAAAGAUCCAAGAAUACAGAGAUUAAGUUGUUCUCAUAAAGGUACUUAUGCGGAUGAUUGUUUAGUUCAUAGAGUUAUGCAACAUAAAUGUUUUAUUGUGGCCACAAAUGAUGCUGAUUUAAAACGUCGUAUUAGAAAAGUUCCAGGUGUUCCUAUAAUGAGUGUUGGUGCUCAUUCUUAUGUGAUAGAAAGAUUGCCAGAUGUGUUUUAA